UAUAUAAUUAGACUAUGCUUGCUCAGCCAUCAAUACGGCCUCUCUGAUCUAUGUAUGCAAAGAAAAAGAGAUGUGAAACUAUAUGUCUGCAAUUCUACACCCAGAACCUUAGGUGCAAGCGUUUUUCAUAGAGGUCCAUAUAGUGUUAAUUCUGUUUUACCUUCUGUAAUUUAAGGUAUUCAAUCCAAACACCACACAGUAGUUGACAGAAUGUUGUGCAGCACUGUUGUUUCUGAGGUGAUGAAAGAGAAUUCCAGAAGUAAUGGUAAUGUUUUUUUAGAAUAAUUGUUCGAACAAUUUAACAACUUCACAAUGUCCUGUCCCAUAAAAGGGAAAACUCUGACUUCCCUCUUUGCAAGGGGAACAUGAAACAUCCAUGACCCAAAAGGAGAAGUGCAUCUAAAAGUGAGACAUGUGACAUUGGAGGACACCGUCACACUGAGCGAUCGUCACUCACACACUCAACUCGAACAACAUGAACACAUGAGGUAGUAUCUCUCGCUUUCCAUACACUUUGUAAUAUUUGUCUCAUAUGUUAAACACCAAGAUAUGUAGUGUGCAAAUAUAUGUGAUAUCACCUCAGAGAAAGAUGCAGAAUUGUUCUAGAAAAAGAUUCAGUGUGUGAUACUGUGCCAUCUUCUUUAAGCUUCAAACCGAGCAGGCAAGCCUUGAAAGAAACAUCCAGGACAACAGCAAACGACUCGGCAUGCAAUCAAGGAAGCCUCCAGUGCCACGCAAGCCUGUCCCUCCCCCUAAACCGAACCUCCAGCCUCCACAGGCUCCAUGUGGCCCCAGACCCUGGCCCUCAACAAGGGGCCACCACAGCAACAGCAGCGCCAGGCAGAUACCCCCUCAUCUCAUCCUAUGGAGGAACCAGGCCCGAGGGCCAGCUUCAGAGGAUGAUACGCCUCCAGCAAGAAGCCCCCUGCCCCACAGUCCCGGCCUGCUCAGCAGAGACGCCACAGAGGAGUUCUCCACUCCAUCACCGUCUCCCAGGGAAACAGGUCUCACUGUGACGCAGGGCAAAGAGGAGAAACCAGAGCUACAAUGGCAGAAGCCCCGCUGUAGGCUGGCUCCCGAGCAUGGAUGCCGAUCAGAUGGAAGUGAAAAGACAGACAGUGAUGGAGUAGAGAGUGAGCAGCCGCUGUCGACUCCCUGUAGCGCCACGGAGCCCAGGCCCAACCCCUGCCUCUGCUUAUGCCACCAACACAGACCUGGCAUGAAGCUGGUCUGGGUCCCAGUGCUGGACGGAGCAGACACAGGGCAUGGCCUCCCCGCAGAGAAGACAACAGAAGAGAGCAUGGAAACUACCCCAGAAAGGGAAGAGAGGAAUGAGAAGUCGGGGAAAAGCGGUGGGGAAGUUGAUGUGGAUUGUGUCUACGAAGACUGGCCAGACAUCGAGUACGAGUGCAUGGUCAAUGUUGUGAAACCCCUUCCACCACCGAGGCCAGCACAGAUAGCGUUGCGGCCUGCCGCGCAACCCUUCCCAGACAUCAGUCCCAUCACAAACACCAAAUGCAAGGCAAACUCCCCGACUCCCCCACGCGGAACUGGACAGGGGAAGAAAAAGGAGUCCCUUUCACCGAAUCCCUGUGUGGAGAGUCGGCCCCUGCCCCCCAUACCCGAUGCCAUUCCUCAGAGUUACAGGCAGAGCUCCCAACCCGGCCUCUCCUACGUGCUGUCCCCACGGGGGGGUCCUCCACCCAGCCGGAAGAAGCCCGUCAAGAGCAAAGAGGACACCUAUGAACACUUCUACUCCCCUAUUAAUGAGUCAACACCAGAGAAAUCAGAUGUGAACCUGAGUGAUGAUUAUGAGUGUGUGUCUGCAGACAACACAAAUAUUCCUGUGUACAUCGCGAUUCAAGGAGAUUCACCCCCUGGCCUGCAACCCUUGCAGGAGGGACCCAAAGACCUCCGCAGAACUCACACUGCUCCCCCCAAAAGCGAGAACCCAUCUAGCAAACAGGUGAACAGCCUAAGUAAAAGCCAGGUGAGCAGGGCUAACUCUGUGGCCGCCGGCCUACGCAACAGCCAGGUGAGCAGGGCCAACUCGGUGGCCGCCGUGGACUCCACCGCACAGCGCAGGAGGAGGGUUGAGCCGGCGGUCCCCCUAUGGCAGGAGCGGCCGGAGGUGAAGACGAGCGGCGUGCUGGACUCGCUCAGCCACAGGCAGCUCCUGCUGCAGGAGAGCAUGUUUGAAGUGCUGACCUCUGAGGAGUCCUACCUAUGUUCCUUGCUGGUAUUGACGGACCACUUCCUGGGGUCACGGGAGCUGAAUGAGACCCUUGUGAUUCACGACAGGAAGAGGCUUUUCUCCAACAUCAUCCAAGUGUACGAGGUCAGCGAGAGAUUCUUGGCAGAUCUGCAGGAACGAGUGGACCAGAGUGUGGUCAUCUCAGACGUGUGUGACAUCAUCCUCCUCCAUGCCCAAAACCACUUCUCUGUGUACACUGACUAUGUCCGUGACCAAGUCUACCAGGAGAAGACACACAGCACCCUCAUGCAGACCAACAAGUCUUUUGCUGUGGUCAUGCGGAGACUGGAAAGUUCUCCACUGUGCAAACGACUCCCAUUUACUUCCUUUCUACUUCUACCGUUCCAAAGGAUCACUCGACUGAAAAUACUCAUCCAGAAUAUUUUGAAAAAGACAGAAGAAGGGUCAAAUGAAGAGCAAACGUCUUCCCAAGCUCUCGCUGCGGUGUCUAAAAUCAUAAAGGAUACAAACACUCAAGUUGGGAAGAUGAAGCAGAUGGAAGAGCUGAUUAGCAUUGCCAAUAAUCUGGAAUUUCAAAAACUCAAGGCUGUCCCGAUAGUGUCUAAGACACGCUACCUGGAGAAACAGGGCGAGCUCACGGAACUGUCCAAAGCCGGCUCUUAUUUUAACAUCCGCCUCAGAUUCCUGCCUGUCUAUGUCUUCCUCUUCAACGAUCUCUUCAUCCUCACCAAUAAAAAAAGCCAGGACCGAUAUGUAGUGAUCGACCACGCUCACCGGUCCCUGGUUCAGGUCCAGGCCGUCGGGGAGGCUGAACUCCGAGCGCGGUUUCAGCACUGCCUCAGUCUGACGCUCCUGGAGAACCACCAAGGCCAGCGCUGCGAGAGGCUGCUGAAGGCCAACACAGAGGCUGACAUGCACCGGUGGAUCGCAGCACUGCCCUCUCUGACGGACCCUCCGAAGAGUGAGAAUGAGGCCAUCUAUCAAGACUGGGACUGUCCACAGGUGCAGUGUGUGGAUCAGUACACGGCCCAGCAGGCCGAUGAGCUCUCCUUGGAGCCCGGAGACAUAAUUAAUGUGGAGCGCAAGACCGGUGAAGGCUGGUGCGAGGGGAUCCGUCUCUCGGACGGACAGAAGGGCUGGUUUCCUCCCACAAACGUUCUGGAGAUCACCAACGAACAUCAGAGAAGACGCAACCUCCUUGAAGAGUUCCGCAUUCUCAAAUUAGCUGCAAACGUAGCACAGAGUAAACAACAACAAUAACAACACAAGAGCAAAGUGCUUUGUAGAUUCUUCCCAUCAAUGGUGUGGCCGUAUAUUGUCUUUGUCGAUGUUUUAUUGAAUUACCACAUGUUUGUACUAUACAUCAUUCUCAUACAUAUAAUAUAAAUGAUUCUCAUACAAACGGUUCUACAGGUUAUGCGUGUUCCCUUUGAUAAGACACACAGAUUCAUUACAUUUAGUCUACUCAAAUAUAUGCAUACAGUUCAUGCAUGUUAGAAUCGGUUUGUAAAAACAAAAUGAUUUGUGUAUAUUUCUGUUACUCAAAUAUGUAAAUAAAGGCAUAACAACAAUA